AUGGCACCAAGCCAAGAUUUGGGCGAGCGGGACCAGCAGCCACCAGUGUCAUACCCAGACCUUGAAAAUGGCCAGCAUGGUAAAAUACCAAAUGGGCAAGCCUCUACUACAGGAACAGAGGGUAGUGGCACACCUCGAGCGAACGAGAAAGACGAUAUUCUCCUACCAAACGGCAAUCAUGACCUGAAGGAGAAGAGCCAGGAGACCAAUACGAACAUCGUAGACUGGGAUGGACCAGACGACCCAGCUAACCCUCAAAACUGGACUCUUUCCAAGAAAUGGCUAAAUAUUUCCGUUGUCGGCUUAAUCACAUUCAAUGUACCCCUCGCCUCCUCCAUGUUUGCACCCGCCGUGCCACAACUACUCCAGGACUUCCACACGGAUAACGCGUCCCUUUCUACAUUCGUCGUCUCAGUCUACAUAUUGGGCUUGGCUGCAGGGCCACUUAUACUUGCCCCGAUGAGCGAGCUUUACGGAAGACUCAACGUCUACCAUGUUGGCAACGUACUUUUCAUCAUCUUCACAGUCGCCUGCGGCUUAGCCACUAACAUUAACAUGCUUGUUGCAUUUCGCUUCUUGGCCGGGCUAGUCGGUGCGGCUCCCAUCGCCAUAGGAGCUGGAACAAUUGCAGACGUUACAAAUUUGCAACAACGAGGAACAGCCAUGUCAAUUUGGAGUCUCGGUCCUCUUCUAGGCCCAUCUAUAGGACCCGUCAUCGGUGGCUUCCUUUCGCAAGCCGCAGGUUGGCGUUGGAUCUUUUGGCUGCUGGCUAUUAUUGCUGGCGCCGUCGCCAUCAUUAGCUUCUUCGUACUACAGGAAACCCAUGCGCCAACGUUGUUGAAAAGGAAAACAAACCGCCUGAGAAAAGAUACCGGAAACAUGGAGCUUCGAUCGAAACUCGACACGCAACUGCCGCCAAAGGAGAUGUUUUUGCGUGCCAUUGUCCGGCCGUGCAAGAUGCUGCUCUUCUCACCCGUGUGCCUCAUCCUCAGUCUUUACUCCGCUUUUGUCUAUGCCUUGAUCUACUUCAUGUUCAGUACCUUUUCCUUCAUCUUCAAGGCCAACUAUGGCUUCAAUCAAGGCACUGUUGGGCUGGUUUAUCUCGCCUGUGGCAUCGGCAUGCUGCUUGGCCUCGGCAUUCAGCAAUUGACGGGAGAUCGGGUCAGACAAAGGCUCGCAGACAAGCGCAAUGGCGGCGACCACAAGCCAGAAUACCGCUUUCCGCCUAUGUUCAUAGCCGGUGGGCUUCUCCCCGCUGGGCUUUUCAUGUACGGCUGGACGGUACAGUACCAUGUCCAUUGGGCAGUACCUCUUCUGGGAACUCUGAUUGCGGGCAUCGGUAUCUGUAUAAUCAGCAUUUGCAUCAACACCUACCUCGUCGAUACGUUUACAAUGUAUGCUGCCUCUGCGCUGGCGGCUUCAGCUGUCUUGCGCUCAGUGUUUGCUGCUGUGUUGCCGCUUUUUGCCUUGCAGAUGUAUAAUAAACUCGGCUUGGGAUGGGGCAAUAGUCUGCUUGCUUUUGUUGGCUUGGGCAUGUGGCCGAUCACGUUGCUCUUUUUUGUUCAUGGUGAAAAGUUGCGCAAGAACCCCAAGUUUCAGAUCAAGUUUUAG